CUGCCCUUUGGCGCCCCUUGGCACCCCUUGGCACAGCCCCUGCCUGGAAAGGGCACAGAGGUCACAGGGUGCGCGAUUUGGGGCUCUCCUCACCUUUGAAGCCACCAUGGAAGCUCCUCAGGGACCUCCAGACGUGCGGGACCUCACCUUCAGCCCGUGGGAUUACGGGGUGUUCGCGCUGAUGCUGCUCAUCUCCACGGGCAUCGGGCUCUUCCACGGGCUGGCCAAAGGCGGCCAGAAAACCUCGGAGGAUUUUUUCACGGGUGGCCGGAGGAUGUCGGCGCUGCCCGUGGGGCUGUCGCUGUCGGCCAGUUUCAUGUCGGCGAUCCAGGUGCUGGGGGUGCCGGCCGAGGCGUUCCGCUACGGAGCCAAAUUCCUCUGGAUGUGCCUGGCGCAGGUCAUCAACAGCGCGCUGACCGCGCAGCUCUUCCUGCCCGUCUUCUACCGCCUGGGGCUCACCAGCACCUACGAGUACCUGGAGCGGCGCUUCAGCCGGAGCGUGCGGCUGUGCGGGACCGUGCAGUACGUGGUGGCCACGAUGCUCUACACCGGGAUCGUCAUCUACGCGCCCGCGCUGAUCCUAAACCAAGUGACCGGGCUGGACAUUUGGGCAUCGCUGCUGUCCACGGGGGUCAUCUGCACCUUCUACACCACCAUAGGCGGGAUGAAGGCUGUCAUCUGGACCGACGUGUUCCAGGUGUUCGUCAUGCUCUCGGGUUUUGUCGCCGUCGCCAUCCGCGGGGUGCUGCUGGUGGGGGGUCCCGCCAGGGUGCUGAGCAUCGCCGCCAACGGCUCCAGGAUCAACUUCGCCGAGUGAG